AUGGCUUGGGCAAGUGUCUCACUGACGCUCAGUAUUAUUCCCUCCUUCCUUAUUGCUGCCACGUCUGUAUGGCUCUUGGUCGACAAUAUGUGGCGGUGGGAUUCGACGCAACGUCUGGACGACAUGCGCAAGCUCACGAUUGUUUUCGCUGGGACUGUUCCCGGACUGUGCCUUGUUUCAACUGGUGGCAUACUUACGUUGCGAGUGCUAUAUAGCUUCUCUACCGGCCUGCUCUGGGUGGUCUUUUAUCCCGAUUUGGUAUCCGGACCUCUCUUUGUGAAUGGAUUGGUACCAGUCCUUUUCUUCAGCGAUGGAUUGAUUGGCCUCUCCAUGGCUGGAUAUCCGGUGGCAGAGGACGAGAUCAAUGGAAAGACCCAUCCGCUAAGCCGGCCUUCUUCACUUCUUUCAUACCUAACCCUGGCCUGGUUGAACAAUGUACUGAAAAAGGCCAGCCGCGAUGUUCUCCAAACUCCGCACGUUUGGCAGGUUGACGACUUCUUAAGUGUAUCGCAGUCUCUAGCAGAAAUCCCGAACUUAUUGAAAGCUUCGAGAGUGUGGCCCAAACCCCUUCCCCAGAAUCUCUUCGUGCUUAUCUGCUGCAGAUUUCCCUUUGAGAUUUGGGUGAGUGGCGGUCUUGCUGCUGUGUAUAUAAUUCUCUCAAUUAUUCAGCCUUUUCUUGUACGAUGGGUGCUUGAGGAGCGCAGCCUUAUCAGCAUCAUGACCACAUUUGUGGCAGGCAUAUUGCAGACUACAUGCUACUCGCAUUCUCUGCUUUUGACCCGCAUCCUGGGUAUGAGGAUUCGCUCAGCUCUCACGACGCUGAUUUGCGACCAAAUCAUCAGCCGAUCAAUGAGCCAAAGUUCGAGCGCCGGCGAUCAUGAAAAGUCGGAGGCAUCUGUUCUGAUCGAGGUUGAUGCCAUGGCCGUCUAUAACUUGACCGAACAUAUUCAUGGAACCUGGGUUAUGCCACUCCAGUUCCUUGGUGGCUUAGGCGGAUUAACGCUCCUGCUGGGUUGGAAGAGCAUAAUGGCAGGUCUCGGUGUAUCGAUUCUGUUUGUUCCGAUGACCAUUGCCAGCAUGAGUUUAGUGUCGAAGCGAAUGCGUCAAAUUAUGCUGGCAAAGGAUUCUCGAGUAUCCCUUGUGAAAGAAGUUCUUUCCUACGCCAGACACGUAAAAUUGUAUGGCUGGGAGCGACUUUUUGAGGAUAACAUCAGAAAUGCCCGGGCUCUGGAGAUGGGGGCAUUAGCCAAGAUGUCACUCGCCAACGCCGUCAUUGUUUUCCUUACCACAUUACUGCCGGUAGCAUUCAUCAGCACAGCAUUUAUAUCUCGUAUAGUCAUCGGUCUGGGUCUUACAAGCACCGUGGUGUUUCCAGCCUUGGUCCUCUUCGGCUUCGUGAGCCAGGCUAUGUCAAUGCUGCCGCGGAUGGUCAUCUUCUAUCAAGCUGGUGUCAUCUCGUAUGACCGAGUUAGUGUUUUCCUCAGUACCACUGAACUAGACAACGAUUCAGAACAACAUUCAUUAUCCGACUUGUCAGUCGCUUGGUCUGCUAGUAUUAAUGCUGUGGAUCUCGACAUACCAAUUCGUGAGGGUGGCUACACGAAGACGCUUCUUCGAAACUCAACAAUGAUCGCAGAGACAGGAAAGCUCACGGUCAUCACGGGCCCUGUUGGAUCUGGGAAAACGAGCAUACUGCGUGUCAUAUUAGGUGAAAUUCAAACACGCGCUGGCUCCGUUCUGGUGAACGGUCAGAUCGCCUAUGCCUCUCAGCGCCCUGUGUUGAUAAGCCGAACGAUUCGCGAGAACAUCACCUUCGGUCGUGUUUAUGACCCUGUCUGGUACAGGAAAGUGGUCGACGCGGCCUGUCUCACCCCGGACUUCUCACGGCUCCCAAAGGGCGACGCAACCAUGCUGGGUGGUACUGUAUCUAUCCUCUCGGGAGGCCAACAGAGCCGCGUAGCCAUCGCAAGGGCCGUGUAUUCGCAACGACCCUUGGUUGUUCUGGACGAUCCUUUGGCAGCCCUUGACGCCAAAGUACAGCGCAGUAUCGUCAACAAUAUUUUAGGACCUCGAGGUAUCCUAAGAGGUUCAACUCGUGUUGUUUCGACCUUCAGUAUGUCUUUGAUUGCAAUAGCUGACGUUGUGUAUACUAUUGAAGCAGAGACUAUAAAACUGUGCUCGCCCACAGCGGGACAGGGCAGUCUCGGCACUCUUUCGGCUGAAGAGGAGGUGCCUAAUAGCCAUCGGGCUGAGUCGCCAACUGAGCCACUUCGGGUUGGAAGAAUCCUGACUGAAACUGUUCCGAUCUCAACCGAGGUCCUGGUCGGGCGGCUUCCCGUGAGGGUUUAUGCUCAAACGAAUGCUACGGAAAUAACGCCAUUACUUCCCCGAGACGUGGCUUCUGUGGCACAGCCCGACGAGAUCGAUGACAAAGGCAUAUCAUUUCAUACCUACUGGACCUUUCUACGGACAGGAAAGGUCUGGGGAUGGCCUCUGACGCUCAUAUUGGCAGUGGUCAUUACCCUGCUCAAUGUUCGUUCUGUUUAUUGUCUUCAGCAAGUAGCACAAGAUUUUGAAAUGGUCGACGCAGCCAGUGGGUUAUUGACAUACACCCUUACCGGCAUUUCGAUGUCUUUAGUCACUGCGACUCUCAUCAUGGUUGUCUUCUUGGCUUGCUUGAUGCCAGCAUCGCAGUCCCUGCACGACCAGCUCACAAAAGGAGUGCUGCGCAGUAAGCUCACUUUCUUCGACGAUUCGCCUCUCGGCCAGAUUGUCAACCGUUUCACGAACGACGUCAACAACAUUGACGGACCUGUGGGCGGCGGCUUCAUCAGGAUAGUCAUGCUGAGCGUCACUGUGGCGGCAAGCCUUGUUGUGGUUCUGACCACUUCAUCUAUAAGUCUCCUUUAUAUGGGUCCCUUGGCCCUUAUGUUUCAUUUCAUCCAGUCAGUGUACAGGAGAGCUGCUCGCCAGUUACGCAGGCUAGACAAUGAUGCGCGGAGUUCGGUCCUCGCUAUGGCUGUCGAACUAGGUUCUGCUGCUAGCAUCAUUCGAGCGCACGGCCAGACUGAACAUUUCAAGCGACUCAUUCGUUCAAAGGUGAACCAACAGAUCAGUAUUUGGGUACCAUUCCUCUGCCUGGACAUAUGGCUCACCUUACGCGUUCAGUGCUUGUCAGGUGUGGCACAAGCUAUGACUGCGAUUUUACUUCUUAAAUUGCAUGUCUCCUCCAGCACUCUUGGUUUAGUCCUAACCUUUUGCGUGGAGAUAACACAAGCGCUUGGUGCAGUUGUACAGACCUUAGCCAACCUGGAAGCAGAUCUGUGCUCGCUCGACCGGAUCUUGUCAUAUGUUGACAAUCCUCGCGAGGAAGAGUCUGACUCUUGCGACACGCCGUCCCAAUUUCCUAGUGCCUGGCCCAAAAGGCCUUCUAUCACCUUUGACCGGUUCAGUGCUGCUUAUCGCCCAGGAGGUGAUCUCUGCCUGCGUAAUUUGAACUGCCACAUCGCACCAGGUGAACGAGUUGGGGUGAUAGGGCGGACCGGGGCAGGAAAAUCCUCCUUGAUGCUGGCGCUCUUGAUGGCACUAGACAGAGAUGCAGUCCUACCAGGUGGUCGAAUCCUCAUUGAUGGCAAGGACCUCUACCGAGACGUAUCGGCAACGGAAUUGCGGGCAAAGAUUGCGCUUAUUCCUCAAGAGCCCGUCGUCUUUUCUGGAAGCCUGAAGAUGAAUCUGGACCCCUUGCAGAGAAAAUCUGAUGAAAGCCUUCUAGACAUUGUCUCGAAGUGCAGGCUGGUUGAGAUUCUUGGGAUUGACGACUGCGACAGCCCACUUGAUUAUCACUUCGCCGACGGGAGUCGACGCUUGUCUGUUGGACAAACACAGAUCCUUGCGAUGGCGAGAGCCAUGGUUGGCAAGAGGAAUAUUGUUAUAAUAGACGAAGCCACAGCUUCCGUCGACGCGCAAACUGCCGCCUUGGCUCACGAGGUGAUGAACUCAGCCUUCCGGGGCAGUACCGUCAUUGCUAUUGCUCAUAAGAUAGAGACUGUUAUCAAUUACGAUAAAAUUCUAGUUCUUGAGGGCGGAGCAAUUGUCGAGUUCGACAAACCCUCGACCUUAUUAAGGGACCCCGAGUCAAUUUUCUCUGCUCUAGUGAGGCAAUCUCGGGCAAGCUCAUCCGAUUGA